CGGCAUACUUCAAAUUUUAAAUAGAAGAAGCACUGUCAACGUGAAAACGUCGUCUUCACCGGUGAAGGAGUAAAAAUGACUGCAUUUGAAGAAAUGGGUGUUAUGCCUGAACUUGGACAGGCAGUGGAAGAAAUGGAUUGGAGUUUGCCAACCGAUGUACAGGCAGAGGCAAUUCCAAUGAUUCUGGGAGGUGGAGAUGUUUUAAUGGCUGCUGAAACUGGAAGUGGAAAAACAGGGGCAUUUUGUUUGCCGAUUAUUCAAAUCGUUUAUGAGACAUUGAGAGAUCAACAAGAAGGAAAAGGGAGCAAGCUGUCCUCUCACCAUUCAGGAUCUACUCAUAGUGCACAUUGGAAGAUGAGUCCAUACGACAGAGGUGAUGCCAUGGCAAUAGACCCAGAGGGACUGUUAUGUCAGGCUAGGGAUGCCCAGGGCUGGCACGGGACCAGGACCAACAAGGCAGUGGUGGGCGGAGGAAAGUACUACUAUGAGGCCACAGUUACAGAUGAGGGUCUGUGUCGUGUUGGCUGGUCCACAGAUAAAGCAACGCUAGAGUUAGGGAUAGACAAGUUUGGGUUUGGCUUUGGAGGCACAGGGAAGAAGUCCUGGGGCAAACAGUUUGACAGCUAUGGAGAGGCUUAUGGAAUUAAUGACACCAUAGGCUGUUACCUUGAUUUGGAUAAAAUGGAAAUUAAAUGGUCCAAAAAUGGAGUGGAUUUUGGAAAAGCUUAUGAUAUCCAAGCACAUCUUAAAAAUGAAAGAUUUUAUGCUGCAGUGACACUCAAGAAUGCUGAAAUGAAAUUUAACUUUGGAAACACGCCAUUUAAAUAUCCUCCACAAGGUGGAUUUAAAGCUCUGUCUAAUGCCCCAUCAGAGAAUGUUGUACAAUCUAGAAUUGUGGCUUCAGGAGCUGUGAAUGCGAAGCCUGCCCCAAAUGCCCCUCAAGCCAUCAUAAUAGAACCUUCAAGAGAACUGGCAGAACAGACAUUUAACCAAAUCCAGAAAUUUAAGUUGCAUCUUAGUAAUCCAACUAUAAGAGAGCUGCUUAUAAUUGGUGGAGUGAAUAUCAGAGACCAAGUGGAAGUACUAGAAACUGGAGUGGAUGUAGUGGUGGGCACCCCUGGUCGUCUGGAAGAUCUGAUCUCCACCGGAAGGCUUGCCCUGCAUCAGUGCCGCUUCUUUGUACUGGAUGAAGCCGAUGGAUUGCUGUCUGCUGGAUAUGGGGACAUGAUCAACAGACUUCAUCAACAGAUCCCUAAGGUCACCAACGACGGCAAACGCCUGCAGAUGAUUGUCUGCUCAGCUACGCUUCACUCCUUUGAUGUCAAGAAAAUGGCUGAGAGGUUAAUGUAUUUCCCCACUUGGAUUGACCUGAAGGGACAGGAUGCUGUGCCAGAAACAGUUCACCAUGUGGUGUGUGAUGUUGACCCAGAAGUAGAUACAAGGUGGAAAUCACUCAAGAACCAUGUAGAGACUGAUGGAGUACACUACAAUGACAAGGUGUCACCCAACAACUUGUCAAGAGAGACCAUGUCAGAAGCAGUGAAAAUCUUGAAAGGAGAGUAUGUGAUCCGGGCUUUGGAAGAACACAAGAUGGACAAGGCCCUCAUCUUCUGUAGAACCAAGCUGGACUGUGACAACUUGGAGAAAUACUUACAGCAGAGAGGAGGAGGCAAAUAUUCCUGUGUUUGUUUGCAUGGAGACAGAAAACCACAAGAAAGAAAGGCAAACCUUCAAAAGUUUAAGGAUAAUAAAGUCCGCUAUAUGAUUUGUACAGACGUUGCUGCCCGAGGAAUCGACAUCAAUGGUUUGCCUUAUGUCAUAAAUGUGACGCUUCCUGACGAAAAACAGAACUACAUCCAUCGGAUUGGCAGAGUCGGAAGAGCUGAACGGAUGGGUUUAGCUAUAUCUUUGGUUGCUACAGUAAAGGAAAAGGUAUGGUACCAUUCAAAUUGCAACACCAAGGGACGGGGCUGCUACAACACAAAUCUGACUGACCAUGGUGGCUGCUGUAUUUGGUACGAUGAACCAAAGCUACUCUCAGACGUACAGGAACAUUUAGAUAUUACCAUCGACAAGGUCGAUCCCAGCAUGAAGGUCCCGGUUAAUGAGUUUGACGGCAAAGUCACGUAUGGACAGAAGCGCAGAAAUACAGGUGGAUCCUAUCAAGGACAUGUGGCUUCUCUGGCACCUGCAGUGAAAGAAUUGGCCGAACUGGAGAAGAGAGCUCAGACUUCGUUUAUUGAUCUGAAGUACAAAAAGUUUGCCCAGCGUUAGCUUUUUGUUUUCAUGACAUUUUAUUGCUAGAACUUUGACAUUUACUGCAGUCUUUGAUAAAAAAUCAAUACGAAAAAAAUUUCAGGCCAUUUGUAUUCCCCAAAAUGCUUAUGCUUUGUAUAUUACACGUUUUCCGAAGAGAGGUCAAUAAAAUAGUUCUGCCAUCCA